AACGUAAACACACAUACACACACCACAAAUGCGUGUGGUUGACCGCAACGGGCUCUCGGCUAUGAGUGAAGACACGCGCGGCACACCAAAGAAGCAGCACUACUGAAUCUGACGCUCGCUUUGUAGCAGGACGAAUCGAAAACCAUCCUACUUUCUCUCUCUCUCUCUUUUUCCCACCCUCUCUUUUCAGUUGUACUUAUGUGAACAGAGCUGGAGUAAAGGAAAUACCCCCCCCAUCUCUCUCUCUCUCUUUCUGUCUGCCCUGUGGUGGGAUAAACAGUGAAAAGAUGAGCCUGUGAUACAGCACCAGACCUGAGUGACCUGACAGCUCAAACUAAUCCUGUUCAGUCAAGAAGAAAUGCUGCCAGUUGAAGCCUAGUCUGUGAUAGUGGUGGAAAACAACCAGUCUACUUCCCGGAAGAAUACAAGACUUCUCUGAUCUGGUUCGUCGGACAGAGUGACUUGCCACGCUCCGACUGCCCCCUUCUCCCCACAGAAUCACACCUCUUUGGUUGCAGUGAGACCCCACCUGCUCAGCCACAGCUGUACAUGGAGACCCCCAGUUGGGCAGAAACCAAACCAGGAAACGGGUUGUGUAAAACGGGAAGCAUUGCUCUCUUUGGAAACGUAGUGUAUAGUGGGCUACUGAACGAUCACUUCUGGCAUUUCGGGGUGCCCCUUGUCACAAGACUGGGUAACCAGGAGGCCCCAGCUCCCCCAGAAGCCAUGGCUCAGCCGUACGCUCCAGCGCAGUAUCCUCCCCCUCCACCUCAAAAUGGGUUGCCUGGCGAAUACACCCACCCUGGGCAGGAUUACACGGGGCCCAGUCCGGUCCCUGAGCACGCCGCAGCCCUCACUAUCUACACACCCACACAGACACACAGCGAGCCACCUGGCACUGACAGCAGCACGCCGUCCCUCACAGGGACUAGCAGCAUACCACAAGUGGACGAUGUGGCGCAGACAGACGGCUCUCAGCAGCUUCAGCUCCAGCUCCAGCCCUCAGACUCUUCGGAGAAGCAGCAGCCCAAACGGUUACACGUCUCCAACAUUCCCUUCCGCUUCCGUGACCCAGACCUCCGGCAAAUGUUCGGGCAAUUUGGGAAAAUUUUGGAUGUGGAAAUUAUUUUUAACGAGCGGGGCUCUAAGGGUUUUGGUUUUGUAACUUUUGAAACAAGCGCAGAUGCAGACCACGCACGGGAGAAAUUAAACGGUACAAUCGUAGAGGGACGCAAAAUUGAGGUAAAUAAUGCAACGGCACGAGUAAUGACAAACAAAAAAGUGGCCAACCCAUAUACAAACGGCUGGAAGCUGAAUCCAGUGAUGGGAGCUGUCUAUGGUCCUGAAUUUUAUGCAGUGACAGGCUUCCCCUAUCCGACCACAGGGGCGACUGUGGCUUACAGGGGUGCCCACUUGAGAGGCAGAGGUCGUGCCGUCUACAACACGUUCCGCGCCGUGCCUCCACCCCCUCCCAUUCCUGCUUACGGCGCUGUGGUUUACCAAGAUGGCUUCUACGGUGCUGAGAUCUAUGGUGGCUAUGCAGCAUACAGAUAUGCCCAACCAGCCGCAGCAGCUGCAGCGGCCUACAGUGACAGCUAUGGCAGAGUCUAUGCAACAGCAGACCCUUAUCACCACACGAUUGGACCUGCAGCCACGUACAGCGUGGGCACUAUGUAAAUAUAAAGAAAGAAGACAAUGGAGAAGAGCAUCAGCUAAAAAGGAACAAAGAGGACAAAGGAUGAAAAGUGUCAAUGAAAAAAAAACAUACGAAAAGAAGUUAAGAGGAAAUCCUUACACCGAGGCUGUCAGGAGAAGGCAUUAUAUAUCUCUGUGGGGAUGUGAGACUGACGCAGUCAAGCUGUGGAUGAAAAGAGGGGCUUAGCUUUCACCUGGGACAGCCUUUCGGGGUUGAGGAGAAGAGGAGAGGUCGUCAUAAAACUUUUUAUUUUUCUAAACUUUUUUAAGUUUAUGGUUUCAAAAA